AUGGAUUACGCGUCGGUUAUGACGGCUGAAGAUGAGGAAUUACACACCUUGAUUGAACAGAUCAUUGUGGAUGGCGUUAAAGCCGCCAACAUCUGUCUGCCGUCAAAUUUUACUAUUAAGAGAUGGUUUAAUGACUCAGUACCCUUUUAUCCGGAACCGAUGGAGUCCAAUUUCCCACAGAAUUUUGCCAUUUUCUUGGCCGUCUGCGGAAUUAUUGCUAAUGCCGUGUCUCUCGCCGCCAUGAUGCACAUUUCCGGUUCCUUUACCAGCAAUCAGAAACUCGUAUUCAAUUUGCUUCUCUCCAAUUUCUUCAUCAGUGUUACUUUAUUACUUGUAGUGUGGAACAGUAUUUUGUUCCCGUCAUUUCCGUCUGGAAAGAAUGGCGAUGACUGGUCGCUCUGUCAACAUGUGAUCAUGAAGUCACUUGUGAUGAUGGGUCAUUCCAUAUCCUUGCUUAACCUGGUUGCUCUGGCGUUUGACCACUUUAUGGCGAUUAACAAACCACUCAAGUACAUCCAGGUAUUUACAAAUCACAGGGUAUCUGUGUCCCUACUUGGAGUUUGGAUUAUCUCAGGGAUUUUCGGAUUUUCGGAUUUUAUACUUCCGGUGCCGUACUACAGCUACUGUGAAGGUCACACCAUGGUGAACCUAUGCCAGUCAAGUUAUUGUUCCGCAUACGAAACGGAGUAUCUCCUAUUUUGUCUGGUGAUUCUGUGCUUUCUUGCGAUGGUGUAUUUUUACUGCCGCGUUUUCGUAAAAAUCUACAAAUAUCAGCAGAUGGCUGGUAGGCAUCAGAGAAAAAUGAAGAGAAAUAUCAAAGGUCUUGUUACAACCUUGGUGAUCGUUGGGACGUUUCUCGUCUGCUGGCUUCCCCAUGCCAUCUUUGAGACGUAUUUUGUCUUCAUGAUUCUGGCAGACACGUCUGCUGUUACAGGACAGUUUUACACUCUGCUCACAGUUAAUUAUUACCUCUACUGGCUCUGGCUGCUCAAUUCGAUAUGCGACCCGGUGAUCUACGCCCUGCGCAUGCGCGAAGUCAAAUUGGGUUACUACAGGAUGUUAAGAUGUGGAGUCCUGACCAAGAGGUUUGGCAAAUUCUCUCGAAAAAGCCAUAGUUCGUUAGUCUACCGGAGAUCGGGCACACCGUCGAUGACGUGUGAUGUGGCGGAGGCGACGCUCAACGUCACGUUUUCCUCAUGUAAUUCAUCCGCCUUGUAA